AUGUCGACUGAUAUUCCAUUCACUCCAUCCGCCUACUUCACCUCUACUACUAUUCAACCACAGCCAAUCGCACAUGGAAAGAUAGUCAAACUCUCAGCAAUCGACCAAAUCGCUCCGAGGGACUACAUCUCAUCAUGUCUGUAUUUUCCUGCGUCACAGAAUGCGGACAAGAGACAUAUCUUCCAUCUAUUUGAACGGGCCUUAGUCAACACGAUCAUCGACAUCCCAGAACUUGCAUGUUCCGUGCGACGGCCCACCGAAAACGAUCGGGAAGAGGUUGAGCUUCUAUUCGAUAGCAACCAAGGCCCCAGACUUAACUACAAGGAUUACACGGCACCCGAACUUCGGCCUUUAUGGAAGUUCGGUACGUUUCACCAGCUUGAGAGGGCUUAUUUUCCGCUUGAUAUACCGAGACACAUUAUCUUCGGCACAUCGGCAAAGCUAGUUCCGGGAGCCAGUAUUCCGGCGCUGGUACUUCAGUGUAACUUCAUUUCUGGGGGCCUUAUACUCGGGACCUGUCUUCAUCAUGUGGCAGGCGAUGGCGUCUGCAACUUUAUCUUGCACAAGACAUUAGGCAUGCACCUGGCUGCCAUUACCAAAGGACUCGGCCUCCGAACCAUGCCAAUCACGCCUCUUGAUCGAAGCUCGGUCGUUGAGGGUGAACAAGGCGUGACCCUGGAAGAAUUUCCUGAUUGGAAGCUUACAGAGACCUCUUCCACUUUCUUGAACCCAACAAACUACGAAGUUGCCGAGGUGCAGUCGGUUGAACAUGGCAUAUUCUUCAUCUCUGCCGAGAACCUCUCGCUGCUCAAGAAUCAUGUCCUGAAAGGCGCUGUCAAUACUAAGCUGAGCACGACUGAAGCUAUCUGUGCUUUCCUCUGGCGCCACGUUGUCAUGGCCAGGCAGAUGGACCAUCAUCGAUACCCAGAGGCUAAGCUAUCAAUCACUGUCGAUGCGAGGGAACGAAUGGAAAGUCCGCCACUCCCAUCAAACUAUUGGGGGAAUUUUGCGGAACCGAACGCGGUCGCCAGAGCACCUGUUGCUCGUCUGCAGAAUGGGGAAGACAGAAACGAGAUCUAUCUGGAGUUGGCAAGCUCUGUCAAACGAGCCAUUGCUGCUGUUAACAACAAAGCAGUAAGGCGUCUCGUUGGACUGCUCAAUCAGAUGCCCAAAACUACUUCCUUGACCUGGAAUGUCGACCGAUACCCGGGACCGGACAUGCUCAUAGUCUGUCUUCAAGCGCACAGAUACAACGACAUUUAUUUCGGGCGUCAUCUUGGGUAUCCUUCAGCAUUCCGCGUUACUGUCGGAGAUACUGAGGGUAAACCUGACGGCCGUUGCAUUAUUCUGCCACCUCCUCAUAGUGAAAUUCGGAGUCUGGAACUGAUUCUGCAAUACGAUAGUGGCACUUUGGAAAGGCUUGAGAGUAACGUAGAGUUUAGCAAGUUCUUUAUGCGCCGUAACUGA